GUGUGUGUGUGUGUAUGUGCGCAUGCACAAUAACAAGGCUACUGCUUAUUACAAGAAAUCCCUCUGAAGUCACUGCAUUGUGUUCGUCCUCAGUGCAGGGCAACAGUACUGGAAGUUUAAAAUCAUGUCGUCCAUUCUUCACCGUUGUCCUUUCCUGACUAAUGGAUCAAAGGCCUUUGUUCAUUACUCAAGGCCACUGCUAACACAGCUUGCUUCACGAUGUCCAGUCUUGCUACCUCGCAGCCUUACCAACACUGCUGUGAAACUUCAGUUGAUGAAAGAGUCACCACCAGGUACUUUGAAAAUCUCCACACAGCUGCCCCAGAACAGUCGUCAUAUUGGUCAGAGUGCUUCCCAAGCAGUGCCUGCAGCUGCUACUGCUGCCCAGGAGUUUAGUGCCUCAGCAUGCCCCUUUAUUAAGCCUGAGAUAAAGGAUGACGCCAGCAAAGUGAUACGAAGGGCAAGUGCUGAAGUGCAAGAGGAUGUCCAUGACACCAGCUCAGGCAGAUUUGGCACCCUGCUGCAGGAGGUACAAUCCAACCUCACCAAGCACAUUUUAAAUGCCAUGAAGAGUGAUGCUUGGAAGGCUGACAGACAUCAGUCUGCAGCAGUUACACACCUCAUUGAAGACAACAUGGAGGGGAUGCCAAUCUUUAAGUAUGAUGCCUUUUUUGAUGAAAAGAUUGAAGAAAAGAAGACCGAUCACACUUACCGUGUGUUUAAAACUGUAAACAGGCGUGCAGAUGCCUUUCCAUAUGCUGAGGAUUACUCUGAGUCUCUGAACAGGCAAAAGGAAGUGUCUGUCUGGUGCAGUAAUGAUUACUUAGGCAUGAGUCGCCAUCCUCAUGUCCUCCAGGCCAUUUCAGAUACGUUGCAACACUAUGGCGCUGGUGCAGGUGGCACACGAAACAUCUCUGGUACCAGUAAAUUCCAUGUGGAUUUGGAAAGAGAACUGGCUGACCUUCACCAAAAAGAUGGCGCCCUACUGUUCUCCUCCUGUUUUGUGGCUAAUGACUCCACACUCUUUACACUUUCCAAGAUGUUACCAGGUUGUGAGAUAUACUCAGAUGCAGGAAACCAUGCCUCCAUGAUCCAAGGAAUCCGGAACAGUGGUGUUCCAAAAUAUGUCUUCCGCCACAAUGACGUAGAGCAUUUGGAGCAGUUGUUGAAGAAGUCUGAUCCUAAAAAGCCUAAGAUUGUGGCAUUUGAAACCGUGCACUCCAUGGAUGGUCAUAUUAGCCCUCUAGAAGAAAUGUGUGACGUGGCUCAUAAAUAUGGUGCAAUCACCUUUGUGGAUGAGGUACAUGCUGUUGGACUGUAUGGAGCCCAUGGUGCUGGUGUUGGAGAGAGGGAUGGAGUGAUGCACAAAAUGGAUAUCAUUUCUGGAACUCUCGGCAAGGCGUUUGGAUGUGUUGGUGGCUAUAUCGCCAGUACCGCCUCUUUGAUUGAUAUUGUGCGGUCCUAUGCUGCUGGAUUCAUCUUUACUACUUCCCUGCCACCUAUGGUUCUUGCUGGUGCAUUAGAGUCAGUACGUGUCCUGAAGAGCGAAGAAGGGCAAGCACUGCGGCGUGCUCAUCAACGCAAUGUCAAGCAUAUGCGCCAAUUGCUGAUGGACGCUGGCCUGCCAGUAAUGAAUUGUCCAAGUCACAUCAUUCCUAUUCGGGUGAGUAAUGCUGAGAAGAAUACACAGAUCUGUGACACCCUGCUGACCAAGCACAAUAUAUAUGUUCAAGCAAUUAACUACCCAACUGUUCCACGAGGUCAAGAACUGCUCCGACUGGCCCCAUCACCUCACCAUACACCAGUAAUGAUGGAUUACUUUGUUGAGAGUCUUGUAGAGGCUUGGAAGGAUGUUGGUCUCCCCUUGCAGAUGCCAUCCAUGGUUGAGUGCAACUUUUGCCAUCGUCCAUUACACUUUGACCUCAUGAGUGAAUGGGAACGCUCAUAUUUUGGCAAUAUGGGUCCUCAGUACAUCACCAUGUGUGCUUAAAGUGCCGUAAUACCUAUUUAAACAGUAUAUGAAAUUACUCCUUAAAAAGAAGAGUCAGAAACUUCAGGAGAAUAAAGAUGUUAUGAGUUUUUUGCAUGUCAUGUUGCAUAAGUGGAAUGGCUUAAAUAGGUAGAGUUUUCUGUCCAAUUGCAUCCCAUGUUAUCAUUAAAAUCUAAACUGUAUGGGGUUCACUGAAGUUUGUCUUGGAGCUGAAAGCAGUAUAGAGUUAAUGCAGUAAGUUCUUUUAGCUUGGAUUUUUAAGAUGAUUUGAAAUGUCUGACCAUCCCUGCUCCCUGUUUUGACCAAUGGUUCUUUGCCUCAGUAUAGUAUGCUCCAGUCCAUGAGCAAUAUCCCCUGUCAGACCUACAUAAUGUUUUCCCCUUUACUAUGUCAAGCACGUUGGUAUUUUAACACAGUUUUGGUCAAAUCAGAUAUUGUAUUCCCAAGGGCUAAUAAAAAAGAAGCACUCUCAA